CUUUUCCGUCGUAGCUUUCUCCGUUUCGCUUAAUCGAAUUCGUUGUUCGAUUACUGCAAAAAAGAAUCGAUUGCGAUGGCGAGCGAAAGCCCUGAAGUUGCUGUAGCUCCAGUGGUGGAGAAUGGCGGCGCUGACUCAUCCUCCUCCAAAGGGAAAAAGGAAAACUUGGAGUCUGAGCUUUCGAAUAAGCUUGAGAUUACAGAAGAUGCAAACGAGGAGAACGAAGGAGAAGAAGAAGAUGGAAGCAAAGCUGAGACUUCAACGAAGAAGAAGAAGAAAAAGAAGAGUAAAAGCAAGAAGAAGACCCAACAGACUGAUCCACCUACAAUCCCUGUAGUUAAGCUUUUCCCAUCUGGAGAUUUCCCUGAAGGUGAAAUCCAACACUACAAGGACGACAAUUUGUGGAGAACAACAUCUGAAGAAAAGAGAGAGUUGGAGCGUUUGGAGAAGCCAAUAUACAACUCUUUACGCCAGGCUGCAGAAGUUCAUCGCCAGGUUAGAAAAUAUAUAAGAAGCAUAGUGAAGCCUGGAAUGUUGAUGACUGAUAUAUGUGAGACCUUGGAAGAUACUGUUCGUAAGCUGAUAUCAGAGAAUGGUCUGAAAGCUGGAAUUGCUUUCCCUACAGGAUGCUCUUUGAAUUGGGUUGCUGCUCAUUGGACACCAAACUCCGGAGACAAGACUGUACUUCAAUACGAUGAUGUUAUGAAACUGGAUUUUGGAACACAUAUUGAUGGGCAUAUUGUUGACUGUGCAUUUACGGUUGCGUUCAAUCCUAUGUUUGAUCCUCUCCUAGCAGCCUCCCGUGAAGCUACUUAUACCGGUAUUAAGGAAGCUGGAAUCGAUGUUCGCCUCUGUGACAUUGGUGCUGCAAUUCAGGAGGUCAUGGAGUCUUAUGAGGUUGAAAUCAAUGGAAAGGUCUUCCCAGUUAAAAGUAUCCGGAACUUGAAUGGGCAUAGCAUUGGACCUUAUCAGAUACAUGCUGGAAAAUCUGUUCCUAUAGUUAAAGGAGGCGAGCAGACAAAGAUGGAAGAGGGUGAAUUUUAUGCUAUCGAAACAUUUGGAUCAACUGGGAAAGGAUAUGUGAGAGAAGACUUAGAAUGUAGUCACUACAUGAAGAACUUUGACGUUGGCCAUGUGCCCUUGAGGUUGCCUAGAGCGAAACAGCUCCUUGCCACUAUCAACAACAACUUUUCGACUCUAGCCUUCUGCAGACGUUAUUUGGACCGCAUUGGUGAAACCAAAUACUUAAUGGCUCUGAAGAAUCUGUGCGACGCUGACAUAAUUCAGCCGUAUCCUCCUCUGUGUGAUGUGAAGGGAAGCUACGUAUCACAGCUUGAGCACACUAUUUUACUCAGACCUACUUGCAAAGAAGUUGUUUCCAAGGGAGAUGAUUAUUGAUUCAGAUCCUUUGUUUUGUGCUCUGUUCGUUUUAUCUCAUAUACUGUUCUUGAGAUUGCACACUGCUUGUUUCUUUUGCAUCCUUUUAAUAAAACUUCAAUGCCUU